CGGAAUUUGCUGUGCCCUGCUUUUACCUCGGGUUGUACGUUUUGUCUUACCUUUACCUCUCCUUUUACCUUGUAUACAAUACUUAGACUAGUUUCAAAUGGCUUCAAAACCAUCACAUUUUCCAUUAGAUAUUAGCAAGUUAAAGUUUGUUUUACAAGUCUUGAGGCAUUACAAGUUUCCUGAAGCAAGAUGGUUUGAGUUUGGAUUGAAUCUUGGUCUGCUUCAUCCUACACUGGAAGCUAUUGAGUCAGCUCAUAGAGGGAAUCCUUCACGCUGCCUGAUGGAGUGUUUAACCAAGUGGUUGACUAAAGCUGAUGAUAAUGUCACCACUGUUGGUCCUAUAAUCUGGAAGACACUGGCUAAUGCGCUCAAUGAAAUGAAUCUAAUAUCUAUUUCUGAUGAUUUUCGUAAAACAAUGACAGAUCCUUUUAGUGAGAUAUUGCAGUGUUAUAUUGGUAGACUAGCUCAAGUUGUUCUUACUGAGGAAUCAGUUGAUCUCUUACAUACAGAGGGAUUGAUAUCUAAGGAUACAUUAGCAAAAGUGAAGAGUUGUGGUUGUUCAUUGGUAGGAGAUCCAAUGUUACUAAUAUUAAGUGCUGUAGCUGAAGAUCAUAGCAAGUUAUGUACUCUGACAAGCAUUCUAAUGAAAUCAAAGGAAGCAGUGUCUUUAGCUAGUGAUAUAAUAAUGGAAUGUGGAAAGUCAUUUCCUUCAGCAACAGUGAUGUCAUCUUGUCAACAAGCAAGUACUUUAACAUCUUCAAGAUCUGGACAAUUACAAGAUAGUAGUAGUGAGACUCAAGUAACUACCAAUACUGAUGCUACUCCACAAGGUGUAGUAGAGGUGAUAGUUCACCCUGGCUAUGAAGCUGAGUUUGAUAGAAUGGAUCAUAAGCUUGGUACACUUAUUCACAAUAUCGUUCCUCUUAUUGAAGCAGCCAUACCCUCUGUCAAUGAUUUGAAGACCUACAUUGGAAGGUGUCAGAAAAAAUUAAAGCCUCGAUUGAAAAAUGCCAACAGCUUUGAUGAUGUAAUGGAAGUGAUUGAGGAUGAGUGUUCUAUCACUAAUGUUGCUCUAUUGGAGACUAUAGUGAACAAAUACUCAAUACAAGAUGCUGGAGACAUGAUAUUAACUUAUCAGACACACUUGGAUGAAUUCUGUGAGAACAAAUUAACAAUGUUUUGUAAUCGUCAGCUUAAGAGAUUAUCCUCUUCUCUCCUCACUUGUGAGACGAUCAAGUUUGUUCUAAAGUGGAAUCCAAGUGAGUAUUCUCUCUCCAGUAUCAGAGCCCUCCUAUGGAAAACGUUCAAGGAUAAUCAAGUGGAGGUGGUAGUGAUCAAAGAAGGGAACUCCAUCAUUGUUACUUGUUAUGCUCCUCAUUAUCUGAUGGAGAGUUUACUAGUGACAGCUAGAGAUAAUGUUGAUAUGCUAAAGGAGAUGGGAUUGAUUAGUUUAACUAUUGGUUACUAUACUGUGUAUGAUGAACAUGCAAUUGAUGAGGAGGUGAAGAGUCUAUUGAAAGAACUGGAGAUGGUAGAGAGUGAAAGAGAUGAUUUACUUGAGGAGAAUGCUAAAUUGAAGGGUACAAUAGACUCAUUAGGUAUGUCAUAUCAAAGUAAAGAAGUUGAUAUAAGCAAUAAGUCAUCAGGACAAUCAUCAGUUUUAGAGUCUGAAAAGGGAAACAGUAAAAAGAAGGUGACAAAAGCAAUGCAAAUGGAAAUAGAUCAUUUACGAUCAUCUCUUCAAAGCAAAACAGGAAUAGAAGAAACAUUAAUUAGAGUAGAGCGAACAUUAAUUGAAAGAGAAAAGGAGAUAGAACAGUUACAGGAAAAGAUAUCAUUAAUGAAUAUACAACAACUGAAAGAAACUUCAAUUACUUUUAGAAAGGAUCAGUGUACACAAUAUAUGGAUCCACCAAAAGGACUAGUUUAUGUAGCUAUUAAACAAUGGGAGGCAAGGGAUAGCAAUCAGCUUUCAAUCAAGAAAGGAGAGAAACUUGAGAUCAAGCAGGAGCGUACUAGUGGAUGGUGGCUUGCAAGAUCAUUAGAUACUGAUCAAGAGGGAUUUGUUUAUUUUAGAGAUAUUGAAAAAGAUGAAGAGAGUGAAUUGUCAACAUUGGAAUCACUUGAACUAUUUCAUUAUGCAAUGACAGAAAAUGUUGACAUACCUAAAAUCAAGGAAAUUAAGACGAGGAGCAACGUUGAGAGAGCAAGUCUCUUUUUAUCAUUAAUUAAACAAGAUUCAGUUCUGCUAAAUCAACUUAGAAAAAAAGAACAUGGAAAACCUAAAGCAAUUAGGUGGUAUGAUGAUGGUGUUAAACUGACCUCUCCAUCUGUAAUACAAUGUCAAGAAGUAGUUUCUCUAUUAACAUUCAAACAUACGACCAUUAUCAUCAGCGAAUCAUCUCCUGACAUUGUGUGUGAUCUGUUGCCAGUUUUAUUACAAAAUGAAAAGGUGAAAUACUUGAAAAUACGAGACACUCAACUAACACAGGACUGCAUCUCAUCCUUAUGUAACUUACUGGCUAAUAAUAAAUCAUUAUUAGAUUUAAUUAUUACUAACUGUUCCAUUGAUGACAAAGCAGUUGCUGAUAUUACAAAUGUACUACAAACACACAAUAACACACUUUUAGGAAUAGUCUUAGGUAAUAAUCCUCGUAUUACUUCAGUUAGUGCUCAGUCUCUUUCUGAACUAAUUAUCAACAAUUCAACAUUAACUGGAUUACAAAUAACAGACACUUCAAUAAUAUCUAAUCAAAUAUUACUAAUUCUUCAAUCGUUAACAAUUAAUAAAACUAUAAAGCUCAUUCUAGAUAUGAAGCACAAAGACACAUGCACAGAAUACCAUGACUAUAAUACUAUAAAAGAUAGAGUAAUAUUUUACUAACAAUUAAUAAUUAUUGUAUUUUGCUUUUGUUGAUGAUGCUAACUGAUCAAUUA